GAAUAUUCAGUCUACAAAUGUCUGUUUAAAUAUUAAUAAUGAUGUGUUAAACACCUAUUCUGUACUCCUGAAAUAAAGGAAAACUUUAUGUGAAGAAUUAAAAAUGAAGUCAAUCUUUAGCAAAGGAAGCCAGAUUACGCAGUUAAUAUGCUCUCUCUUAACUCUAAUACCAGUUUUCUCAUAUGGAGCUGCUGUCGGCUGGAUGUCGCCGAUGACCUUACUCCUUCAAUCAGAAAAUUCCCCAAAAAGUAAACCUCUUUCAGAUAUAGAGAUAUCAUGGAUGGCUUCCAUUCCAUAUUUGAUAACACUGCCUAGUGCUUGGUUGCUAGUACUCAUCGCUGAUAAGUUUGGACGAAAGUGCGCCAUACUUCUAGUCUCACUAUCUUGUCUAGGAACCUGGGCUAUCCUUCUAUCAUCAUUAGAGACAUGGGCCUUGAUCACAGCGAGAGCACUGGUUGGAAUAGGCGCCUCUGGGAGCUAUGUAGUUUUUCCAAUAUACAUUAAAGAAAUUGGUGAAGACAGUAUCAGAGGAAGUCUUGGAUGCUUGAUUGGCGUUUUCCAUACCUGCGGAAAUUUGUUUCUAUACAUCAUUGGAGACAUGUUAGAUUACAAUACAGUGUUAUGGAUAUGCUUGUCUCUCCCCGUCACACACCUCAUACUAUCAUCCAUGAUGCCGGAAACACCAUCAUUUCUGUUGAAGAAAGGAGAGGAUGAGAAAGCCCUAAAAGCUUUAGCAUGGCUUCGAUGCAGAUCAGAAGAUGAUAUGGAGGUGGUAAAAGAGUUGGAACAUACGAGGCGAGAGCAGGAAAAUGAUGCUCAGUCUAACAAGUUCCUGCUUAAAGAAAUAUAUAAUAACAAGAUCCUCUUCAAAGCCUUCCGAAUCGCCCUCGUAGCAGUACUCGCAAGAGAAGUGUGUGGUGCAGUACCAGUUCUCAACUUUGCUGGUGAGAUCUUCACAAUGGCAUCUGGAGGCAAAGAACUGUUACUGUCGCCAAAUCAACAAGCUAUCUUGCUUGGAUCAGUGCAAGUUGUUGGUUCAGUGUUCGCUUCAAGCAUUGUGGAGAAAUCCGGAAGAAAGAAUCUUCUAUUCUUCACGUCACUCCUCUCAGCACUAAGCAUGGGUGCCUUAGCAACAUGGUUCUUACUCCAAGACCUUGACAUCAGAGCUACAUCUUGGCUACCAUUGGUAACCCUAUGUUUGUGCAUUUUCUGUGACUCUGCUGGUCUACAACCAGUUUCUAUGGUUCUUGCAGGAGAGAUUUUCUCAUUCAAGUACCGUGGGACAGUCAUGGGUGUAACAAUGUCUAUUGCUUCAUUCUCGGACUUUCUACAACUGCUCUUCUUCAAACCAUUGACUAAUGAAAUUGGAAUAUUUGCUGCGUUCUACUUUUUUGCCGCCGUCUGCUUCUUUAUUUCUAUUUAUGUUGUUCUAUGUAUACCUGAGACGAGAGCGCGAACUUUGGAAGAUAUUUAUGGGGAUUUAAGGAAAAAGGAGAAAAGAGAAACAACAGAGAAAGAAGCAACUGAUAUUUAAUUUAUACAGUUUGUGUGCAUUCCAAAAUAUAUUUAGCUAAGAAAGAAAAUAAACUACAGAGAGAGAAAAAGCAGUCUAUAAAAUUACUGGAUUUGGGAAAACAAAAUAAAUAAAAUAUUUUUGAAUAUAUUAGUUUGUAUUUCAGAUAUCGAUGAAAAUUAAUACCUCGUAUGAUUAAGAUAUUAUGUUACUAUGUCUUAACUAUCAUUGAUUUUGUUUAAGAUAUUCAACUACAAAUAGCAAAAUCUAGCGCUAGACUAAUAGAAAGCAAGAUCAAUAUGAAAAAAAUAAGAUAGAAACAUAUG